AGGCUGUGUACUCUAUGGUAGUCCGCCCCCUGCGCUUCCUCUCUAGCCGCUCGCGCUCGGUGCUCCGCGGUCGCCGGCCGCCCAGCCGGGAGGGGUGCGCAGAGGGAGGCGGGGCGAGAAAGCAGAGGUGUCUCCUCGACCCGAGCGGCGGGAGACCUGAGCAAGAUCUGUGACAGCUCGUCGGCCGCCAUGUCAGCGAGUAGGGCUGCAGACAGCCCCGGAGCCCAGCGGUAGCCCUCCUUUCGCCCGCAGUUCCCAGACAUGGAAGGACUUCAAUGAAACGUAAACGAUUCAACAGAAGAUGCCCCAAUGGAUGACUGCGAGACGCCUGCAUAUAAUCUUCAGGUAGAACCACAAGAUGGCUGUCGUCCUGGGGACAGUGUGGAAAGUGCAGUGACACGCUUGCCUUCUGCAUCAGACGAGAAUGAAAACCAGCUUGGCAGGGGCGGGCACGAGUGUCUGACCGGCAGUGAUAGCACGAUGGGCAGACCCGAAGUGACUGAGCAGGACAGUCUCAACAAUAACGACAGCUGCACCCCAAGCUGUGAGGUGGCUGCGAGGGAGAGCUCAGAGAACACUCCCCGUGGAGGCCCCGGCGAUGGGCAGGACUGGCCGGAAAAGGACAAGAAAAUACCUGCAAAGAGAAGUUCCAGAAGCAAAGGAGGCACUGCUAAGAAGAUAAUACCCCCAGGACUGGCUUCAGGAGAUGCCACGCCUUUCACGCAAGAAAACGUGCUGCGUGCGGUCACACGCGCUCUCGGUGAUGCAGAGUCCGCGGCAGGACACGCCGGCGAGCCGCCGGAAGCCCCGAAGCUGGCGCUGCGACCCCUGUUCUCACUCCUGCGCGGUGAAGCGGAGCAGCUGGACUCGGAGCAGCUGGACUCUCGUGCACUCCCCCUCUGCCUGCAUCAGAUGGCUGAGUCCUAUUUCCAGGAGGAGGACUAUGAAAAAGCGAUGAAGUUCAUACAGCUCGAACGUCUGUAUCAUGAGCAGUUGCUCGCCAAUCUCUCUGCCAUUCAGGAACAAUGGGAAACAAAAUGGAGAACUGCACAACCGCAUACUCUCACGCCUGCGAGGAAUUCAGACAAGGGAUUUAACGGCGACGAUCUUGAACGGCUUACUCAACUCUGCACGACACAUCAGGAUCCUCUUUCAUCCAAACAUAAGAUAGCAGCCACAGAAAAGUCCCUGGGAAGGAAAUGCAUCACGCAGUUAAUUGCAUCUGAAGAUCCAGAGGAGUGCGGGGCUGCAGCCAGAGAGCCGGAAAGUGAAACUCGUCCUGGCAUGGACCCAAGUGCAGAAAGCCAGCCUGAAGGAGGGGCCCCGGAGAGCAGUCCCUGCGGCAGUCACAGGGCCCGGCCGGCAGAUCCCCUGGGCCUUUCCAUAACUGCAGGGAGGGACCACACAGCAGAGCAGCCAGAGCAGCCACUCGGCUGCGCGGAGGGGGCCACCGGGGAGCUCCACGCCCAGUCCCAGGAGACAGCUGGAGGCUGCUGCAGACCACACUCCUCAGAGAACGUCUGUGAGGGUGACAGAAGCUUGCCGCCGCAGGCUCAGACAGACGCCUGCCAAGACGUGGCCGAAACAGAGGGCCCUGCAGAAGACCCUCAGGUGGUACUUCCCGGAGAGUCGGGGACUGAGCCAUUGAUUUUACCGGGCUCCAACCACACACCUCCUCCUGCCUUGUGUCCUGAGGGUAAACAUUCACAGACUCAAAGAAAGGAGCUCCAUCUGCCACUCCGAGACGCUGCUUCUGAGGCGUGGCCCUCAGACCGGCCGGAGCACAAUGAACUGAACGAGCCGCAGCCACCCGAUCGCAGGGGCAGGGAUGGAAAAUCACCGCAGGGGCCGGCCAGCUCGGAGGGCUCCGACCGUGUGCCUUGUGGGAAUGCCAGCGGGUCUGACUUAAGUGCCGGGCCUCCGGAGGCGUGUAUGGCCCCAGAGGGGCCGGGAGAGCAGGGCGACCAAGUCAGUAAAGAAACAGAGGACUACCUGAACAGCCUUUUAGAAGGAUGCUUAAAAGAUGCUGAUGAUUCCCUUCCGUACGAAGAGGAGGAUUCUGACCCCCUGCAAGACCUCUCCCCUGAGGAAGCGUCCUACAGUCUGCAGGAGCCCCUGCCCGCCGACGAGGGCUGCCUUUCUCUCGAUGAUCUUGCAAAGAGGAUAGAGAUCGCAGAGGUGGCUCCUGCUGAGGGACUGGUCUCUAUCUUAAAGAAGAGGGGCGAUGCCACGGGGGACCACCCUGCCCAGAUGCAGCAGAAACCAUCCAAGCGGCGAGUGAGGUUCCAGGAAAUAGACGACCACCUCGACCAAGAUGAGGUCGGAGGGGGCUCCUGCAUUCUGCUGGUCCUGCUGUGCAUAGCCACGGUGCUCCUCAGCGUCGGGGGCACCGCGCUGUACUGCGCCUUCGGCGACAUGGAGUCGCCCGUGUGCACGGACUUCGCGGACAACGUGGACUUCUACUACACCAAGCUCCUGCAGGGAGUGGCGGGGCUGAAACACUGGGUCUACCUCUCCUAGCAGCCGGCGUUCAAGCGGGCCCGGCGCGCUGGCAGUGGGAGUCACGGAGCGGAGCUUUCUCAACAGCUUUGAUUUUAGGAGUUGUGUGACGUGCGUCCCCUCCCCCCCCCCCCCCCCCCACGCCCCGGUGAGGAACCGUGGACGUCGGAAACGGCAUGUUACAGUGGCGGUGCGGAGGGACUCGCAGAAUCCCCCACGCGGGGCAGCGGCGAUCGGGCUGGGCACUGCGGGCAGGCGGAGGAGUGAUCUUCGGAGAGCUGUCCCUCUCCUCCUCCUCCU